GGCCCUCGCCGGGAUCCCAUUCCUCCUCCCUCGGUGCAUGGUCGCGGCGGGAGCGGAGGAGGGUGAGCCCGGCGGGGCGCGGGCCGGAGGCGGCGGCGAGAGCGGAGCCCCAGCGCGGAGAAGCCGCCUCUGCCCGGCAGCGGUAUUGCCAGGCAUCUGAAGUGGUUGACUAAGACCUAAGGAUUUGGAACAGUGGUGUAUGAUGUCAAUCAGUGGGCAGUCCUUGUAGCCUCCCCCACCAGCCUGCAGUGUCAUGUGCCAGUAUGAAUGUUAAGAAAGAAACGCAUACUUCAGAGCUCAGCAUCCCAGAAAGAAAAAAGGAGGAACUAAACAGAGAGAGCAAAUGAUUGCACUGCUUGCAAGACUUGAGGCUGUUCACCUCUUCUCCUGAGAACCUUCAUCUUGGCCUUCGUGAGAGAGUUGAGAAAGUAGGCAGAGCAGCCACAGUGAUUGUCUUAGGGUCCUUUUCCUUUUUCAGUUUCAUUUUUUCUGGAUUUUAAGUGUGCUGCACUGAUCACAAGCACUGGACAUCAAUAUGUGUCAUGUCAUUGUAACGUGUCGGUCGAUGCUAUGGACUCUCCUGAGUAUCGUGGUGGCUUUUGCAGAGCUCAUUGCCUUCAUGAGUGCAGACUGGCUGAUUGGCAGAGCAAAGCCUUCAGCCUCCGAGGAGGUGGACAACAGAACGGGGGGACAGCAGGAGCCCUACCGUCCCACGCUGGGCAUCUACGGGCGCUGCACCAGGAUCUCCCACAUGCAGUUCUCUAGACGAGACACACUUUGUGGUCCUUAUGCUGAAAACUUCAGUGAGAUUGCCAGUGGGUUCUGGCAGGCAACCGCUAUUUUCCUAGCCAUGGGAAUCAUGAUUCUCUGCACCGUGGCAUUUGUAUCUGUCUUUACUAUGUGUGUGCAGAGUAUUAUGAAGAAAAGUAUUUUUAAUGUCUGUGGGCUGCUACAAGGGAUUGCAGGGCUCUUCCUUAUCUUAGGCUUGAUACUUUACCCUGCAGGUUGGGGAUGCCAGAAGGCGAUAAGCUAUUGUGGACCUUAUGCUUCUGCUUACAAACUAGGAGACUGCUCCUUGGGCUGGGCUUUCUACACAGCUAUCGGCGGCACUGUUCUGACGUUCAUCUGUGCAGUCUUCUCGGCGCAAGCUGAAAUAGCCACAUCCAGUGACAAAGUGCAAGAAGAAAUAGAAGAAGGAAAAAACCUUAUCUGCCUCCUUUAACUCCAGUGGGGAAAAAUACCAGCACCUGGAUCUUUGUCUGCUUUCCAUUGACUGGGCAAGCAGAUCCAUUUACCUGUUUUUACCAUUUGUGUCAUUGAGCCCCAUGCAUUCCAACCCUGAACUACUGAAAGGGUCUUUCUU